AUGUUCCCUUUCCGCCGGCAGGCCUUACGUCUGCGGGCUCCCAUACCUCGAUAUCCUGUCUAUUCGACAGGCGCAUUCUCCCCUCGUAUUGCUCCUUCAAGUCAAGCAUCGAGCCGAAGAUGCCUAGCAACGCAAAUCGACUACACCGUCGCGGGCCCUCACUCCGACAACCAAAAAGAACGAGUCGUCAUUCUCGGGUCGGGCUGGGGUGGGUAUAACCUCUCGCGCAAGCUAUCCCCGAAAAUAUAUUCGCCAAUCAUCAUCUCUCCUCGCUCUUACUUCGUGUUCACACCCCUCCUCACCGACACAGCAAGCGGAUCCCUAGACUUCUCCAACAUCGUCGAACCCGUGCGUGAUCCGCGCGCCAAAGUCAACUUCAUCCAAGCAGCUGCACGCGCAGUCGACUUGAACAAGAAGACCAUUCUAUGCGAAGCAACGGUUGUUAAGAGUGGCGUCACGGAGUCGCCGCGCGUUGGGGGAAAUGAGAGACAAACCGAGGAGGGCCCGGAGACUACAAACAUGAAGCCGAUGCAGGCGCAGCGCCAAUGGGAGCAAGGCGAAUUAUUCGAGAUCCCAUAUGACAAACUGGUCAUCGCAGUUGGCGCUGUCAGUCGUACGUUUGGAACGCCGGGCGUGCGAGAGAAUGCGAUGUUCUUCAAGGAUAUCGGAGAUGCCAAGAGGGUGAAGCGGCGUGUGCGGGAAUGCUUUGAGCUAGCAGUCUUGCCGACGACUACCCCGGAAAUGCGGAAAUGGCUGCUGAAUUUCGCCAUCGUGGGAGCUGGUCCAACUGGCAUUGAGCUUGCAGCUUCCCUGCGAGACUUCAUCUACGCUGAUAUGAUGGCGCUGUACCCGGCUCUGAACGAGAUCCCCAAGCUCAAUCUCUAUGAUGUUGCACCCAAGGUGUUGUCCAUGUUUGAUGAGUCACUGUCUCGCUAUGCGAUGGAGACGAUGAAGAGUGAAGGUAUUGAUAUCAAGACCUCUCACCACGUCAAAAGCUUGAGGUGGGGCCCGCCGGGUGCCCCUCCACCAUACGAGAUGGAUCCCAAGCGCUGCCUGACUCUGACCACCGAAGAGGAGGGCGAGGUCGGCGUUGGCAUGUGUGUUUGGACAACUGGAAAUGCCAUGCCCAAAUUCAUUACCCAGUCACUCGAUGCGGUCGACCCCUUUCCUGCAGACUCGGUCCUCAACAUUGAAGGGUCUUCCGUUACUCCUACUAGCGCGGAGCAAGCAUGGAAAUUCAAGAAAGCGCCCAAGAAGGGCCCGCUCCUAGUCGACGGUCACCUCCGCGUCCAGCUUGAAAAUGAAUCUGGACAGACGGCAGUUCUUCGAGACGUCUUUGCACUUGGCGACAAUGCCAUGCCAGAGACUGGUGCCCCGCCAGCUACAGCACAGGCUACUUUCCAAGAAGCCAAGUGGCUCGCAAAGCGGCUGAAUAAGGAUGACAUGGCCCAGACACCACCCUUUUCUUUCAAGAAUCUUGGCACGAUGGCCUACCUCGGCAAUGAGAGAGCGUUGAUGCAGAUUCCUCAUGAGAAUGAUGGAACCAUGAAUAGAUUUCUGCCUGGUGGUAUCAAGGGACGUACGGCAUCACUUAUAUGGAAAGCGGCAUACAUCACUAUGAGUAUCAGUUGGCGCAAUAAGUUGCGUAUCGCGUUCAGAUGGACUUUGAACAGGUUGUUUGGAAGGGACGUGUCUCGCUUUUGA